AUGAGUGUGGCUGAACUGGGGUUACCCACAUCUACACCCACACCCUCAGCUGUUGGUAGUGCAGCUGGUGCAUUUUCAAAAAUAACUGGUGUACUUGGAAAAGGUUUAGCUACAUUAACAUUUGAUGAAGAUUAUAAAAUUUCACGUGUAAGACGAAAAGAGCCGGCAACUCAUGCAACUACUGAUAUUGCUAUUGAAGGAAAAAAUGUUGUUAUGAGUUUUGUUGAUGGUGUAACAGGUGUUGUUACAAAACCAGUUUCAGGUGCCAAAAAAAAUGGUGCAUUAGGUUUUGUUAAAGAUUUAGGAAAAGGUUUUAUUGGUCUUGUUACAAGACCAACAGGUGGGAUUGUUGAUUUUGCAAGUACUUCAUUAGAUGUAAUAAAACGAACUGCUCAACAAGAAGAAGUUGUACGUCGUGUUCGUUAUCCACGUCAUGAUGGUCUUAAAUUAGAAGAUGGAAAAUAUGCUAAAACAGAUACGUAUGUUGCACAUAUAACUUGUUCAGACAAUCCACCAUUUUGGUUAUUAGCUACGUCAAAACGUUUAUUAUUUAUAACUGAAAUAUCAUUUCUUGAAGAACCAAUUGUGAAACCUAAUUUAAAUCAAGUACAAAUUCUUACAAAAGACCCAAAGAAAACUGGAGCAUUAAGAUCAACUCGUUCAUUUGGUAAAAUGGUUCAUUAUCGAAAUAUAUUUGAAGCUCGAUACAUUGUUGAUAAAAUUACCAAUGCAAUGCGUACUGUUGGUCUUUAA